UCACUUUCGCCGCGCGAGGGAGGGAGAAGACCUGCUGCAGGUGAGUCACGGCCAUCCCCCCCCUCUGCGAAACUGCGCAUGGGCGAGUCCAGACCCGAGGUGCAACCGUCGCGACUUCCGGUUCCUCUGACAGCGGCGCCGGAAGCCGGGCCCGGCUGCAGGACUAGUCUUUGGCCCUGGCCCGGGAGUUGGAGUCCCACGGAAUCAUCGGACUCCCCACCCUCAUAGAGUUUGCUCAGGUGGUGGAGUCGCUCGGACUGAAGUCCCAUCCUCGUGCGACCCACCUGGGUCGGAGGCAGAGGCUGCCAUGGAGCAAUGCGCAUGUGUGGAGAGAGAACUGGACAAGGUCCUACAGAAGUUCCUGACCUAUGGGCAGCACUGUGAGCAGAGCCUGGAGGAGCUGCUACACUAUGUGGGCCAGCUGCGGGCUGAGCUGGCCAAUGCAGCACUCCAAGGGACUCCUCUCUCAGCCACCCUCUCUCUGGUGAUGUCGCAGUGCUGCCGGAAGAUCAAAGACACUGUCCAGAAGCUGGCAUCAGACCACAAGGACAUUCACAGCAGUGUGUCCCGAGUGGGCAAAGCCAUUGAUAGGAACUUUGACUCUGAGAUAUGUGGUGUGGUCUCCGACGCAGUGUGGGACUCACGGGAGAAGCAACAGCAGAUUCUGCAGCUGGCCAUUGUGGAGCACUUGUACCAGCAGGGCAUGCUCAGCGUGGCUGAGGAGCUGUGCCAGGAAUCAACACUGAAUGUAGACUUGGACUUUAAGCAGCCCUUCUUGGAGCUGAAUCGAAUCCUGGAAGCUUUGCACGAACAAGACCUGGGGCCUGCACUUGAAUGGGCUGUCUCCCAUAGGCAGCGCCUACUGGAGCUCAACAGCUCCCUGGAGUUCAAGCUGCACCGACUGCACUUUAUCCGACUCCUCACAGGCGGCCCUGAGAAGCAGCUGGAGGCCCUCAGCUAUGCCCGGCACUUCCAGCCCUUUGCUCGGCUGCACCAGCGUGAGAUUCAGGUGAUGAUGGGCAGCCUUGUGUACCUGCGGCUGGGUUUGGAGAAGUCACCCUACUGCCACCUCCUGGACAGCAGCCACUGGGCAGAGAUCUGUGAGACCUUUACCCGGGAUGCUUGUUCCCUGCUGGGGCUUUCUGUGGAGUCCCCCCUCAGCGUCAGCUUCGCCUCUGGCUGUGUGGCGCUGCCCGUGCUGAUGAACAUCAAAGCUGUGAUUGAGCAGAGGCAGUGCACUGGGGUCUGGAGUCACAAGGACGAGUUGCCGAUUGAGAUCGAACUAGGCAUGAAGUGCUGGUACCACUCGGUGUUUGCUUGCCCCAUCCUCCGCCAGCAGACAUCAGAUUCCAACCCUCCCAUCAAGCUCAUCUGUGGCCAUGUCAUCUCCCGAGACGCACUCAACAAGCUCAUUAAUGGAGGAAAGUUGAAAUGUCCUUAUUGUCCCAUGGAGCAGAACCCAGCAGAUGGGAAACGUAUCAUAUUCUGAUUGCUGCCUGGAAGGAACUUUGUUGGAAGGGGUUUUCUCCCAUGAGCCUCAGUCUGUCUGGGGGCAGAGGGACCAGUGGCUUUAGUGGAUUGAUUCAUUUCAGAGGAACUGACUGAGAAACACUACUAUGGGGUGGAGCCUGACCAGGCUUUUGGCAGAGGCCAAGAAAGGAGGUUAACACCCACACUGGGCAGCUGGCUCCCUGGCUAUAAGGAAAGGGAGAUGCUGGUUGGCCUCUGUACUCUUGCUGUUAUUUUUGCCCUUGAGUUAGCAACUGACAGAGGAGUAAAGGCCUUGGCCAUCAGCAACAAUCUUUCCACCCCUGUCCUCAGCCACGUCUCUGACUGCCAUGCCAAGGCUUGUGUCUACUCUUGCCUCUCAGCCCCAGGGUGGGGGUGGGGUCCAGCUGUGGCCCAGCUCCUCCCACUGUACAGCCUCAACUGUAUAUCCAUUCCCCACUGUAAAUAGUCCAAGUUAGAACUGAAUGCUGUUGUUUUAUAACUUUGAGCAAAUAUAUUCACAGUCCUUCUCCUUACUUCUGGCCAGUCUUGA